ACAGUUGCUUGGGCAAAAACUGACUUCCCACUGCAGAGACUGGUUGCAGGCUUCCUGGCAGGGACCCCAUCUGUCGUCUCCUAUUUCCUGGGGUAGUAGAGGGUGGGUGACAGCUGUUGUUUUCCAUGUGUUCCUGACAGAAAUAACCCUUCCCGACACUGAGCGUGAACCUGACUGGUGGACACUCAAGCAAGUGAGGAAAUCCUGCAGACUGUCCCUCUCGGGAUGAUACUAAGCCUGCCAUCCCAGGGCAGGCACUAGCCGGGCCAGACCCCAGACAUUUCACUUAAAAGCAGAAGUGAAAGGAAGGCCAGCCUCCAGGGGCCCUGAAAGGGUUAUUCUAACUUAGAGUGGCUAUAAAAAUGCAAUUGGCUGAGAGCUGGCACGGCCAAAGUGCAGCCUUUGGUCCUUUCUCUGUGCAGAGUGUCUGUGACUUCAAGGAGGCAAGUGAGCAGCACACUGUCCUUCCAGAACCACGAUGGAGGAGCCAGCUCAGCAGAGGAAAGGGAGGCUGACCCUUGUGCUUGCACUGGCUAUGAUAGCUGCCUUUGGCUCGUCCUUCCAGUAUGGCUACAAUGUGUCUGCUGUCAACUCACCGUCAGAGCUCAUGAAGCAAUUUUACAAUGACACCUACAAUAACAGAACAGGAGAACUCAUGGACAACUUCGUCUUGACCUUGUUGUGGUCUGUGACAGUGUCCAUGUUCCCCUUUGGAGGCUUUGUGGGAUCCCUCCUGGUUGGCCCGCUGGUGAAUAAAUUCGGCAGAAAAGGGGCCUUGCUGUUCAACAACAUAUUUUCCAUUGUGCCCGCCAUCUUAAUGGGAUGCAGCAAGGUGGCCAAGUCAUUUGAGCUUAUCAUCAUUUCCAGGCUCUUGGUGGGCAUAUGUGCAGGUGUCUCUUCCAACGUGGUUCCUAUGUACCUAGGGGAACUGUCUCCUAAAAAUCUGAGGGGGGCUCUUGGGGUGAUACCCCAGCUCUUCAUCACCAUUGGCAUCCUUGUGGCCCAAGUGUUCGGGCUUCGUAAUCUCCUGGCAAAUGAUGAAGGCUGGCCAGUCCUGCUGGGUCUGACCGGGAUCCCCGCAGCACUGCAGCUCCUUCUCCUGCCCUUCUUCCCCGAGAGCCCCCGCUACCUGCUGAUUCAGAAGGGAGACGAACAAGCAGCCAGAGAUGCCCUGCAGAAGCUGCGUGGCUGGGACGACGUGGACGAGGAGAUAGUGGAGAUCCGCCAGGAGGACGAGGAGGAGAAGAGCGAGGGCUUCGUCUCUGUGUGGAAGCUGUUCCAGCUGCGCACCCUGCGCUGGCAACUCAUCUCCAUCAUUGUUCUCAUGGGCGGCCAGCAGCUGUCGGGAGUGAACGCGAUCUACUACUAUGCAGACGAGAUCUACCUCAGUGCUGGGGUCAAGAGCCAAGACGUCCAGUACGUGACAGUUGGCACGGGGGCUGUCAACGUGUUCAUGACCAUCGUUACUGUGUUCGUGGUGGAGUUUUGGGGACGACGGCUUCUGCUCAUCCUCGGCUUCUCCACCUGCCUCACAGCCUGCAUCGUGCUGACAGUUGCACUGGCACUACAGGACACAAUCUCCUGGAUGCCUUACAUCAGCAUCACCUGCGUCAUUGUCUACGUCAUAGGACAUGCCCUCGGGCCCAGUCCCAUCCCCGCUCUGCUCAUCACUGAGAUCUUCCUGCAGUCCUCCCGGCCAGCCGCCUUCAUGGUGGGUGGCAGUGUCCACUGGCUCUCCAACUUCACCGUGGGCCUGAUCUUUCCGUUCAUUCAACUUGGCCUCGGCCCCUACAGCUUCAUCAUUUUUGCCGUCAUUUGUCUCCUCACCACUGCCUACAUCUUCCUGGUGGUCCCCGAGACCAAGGCCAAGACAUUUAUAGAGAUCAAUCGGAUUUUCGCCAAGAAGAACAAGGUGUCGGAAGUGCACCCAGAAAAGGAGGAGCUGAAAGACCUCCCACAAACCAUUUUGCAGCAGUAAUUACAUUAGGGGAGAGGUGCCUGUUCCACGGGUCUACAUGGAGCUUCUUCCUGGGACUGGUUGUGUCCUCUAGUUGUCUGUGACAUCAGAAAUGAGACAAGCCUGACGUGGAAUGCAAACCUCAUCACCCACUUCUGUGCUGGACACCCAGCUGUCUCUCUUCAGAGUGGCCAGUUGCCAGCUCUGAAUCAUGUGGACAGCCAUCCCUUACCCUGCUGAGUUAGCCACUGAGCGGCUCCUGGUGAUACAGUUUUUCUAACAGAAACAGUUUCUGUGGGGCCAGAUGGGAGGCAUCAGAUUUGGCCCGUGAAACUGACUCUUCUCUGUGGCCCCCACAGGCGAGGGGUUGCAGGGUGUUUGCUCACAGCUGAAUUCAUCCUCUCAUCCAAGCCUGCUCUAGAAACACCUGUCUUAGGACACGUGGUAUCAGAAAUGAUGACAUUGAAAAAGCUGGGGAAUGGUAGCACAAACAUUAACUGAAUCUGAAUUAUUAAUCUUUAAUUAUAGUCCUAGUGGGAAAUGGAAUUGCUUCUGUAUAGUGAAUAAAACAGAUCAGCUCAGAUGCACCAUUCUCUGAGAGCAGGGAGAGGCAAGAAAGCUGCUCUUCGGGGCAGCUGAGGUCAUGGGCAUCAGCUCCUGGAAGAUAUCCGCAGACGGUGCCUGCUGACGGAAGACAGGAGGGGGCUGCAAAGCUUUG